AGAAGAAGACUGCUGGCCACGUGCCUGCACGUGCAAUUCCAUCGGACAUGACCACAAAAUUAGGUGGCGGACGUGCCUACCUUCUCCAACAGGACCGCGUCUCUUGAAAUCAAAGACAUGUGUUCUAUCGUGGCCAGCAUUGGCCUCAUGGCGGAGGUGGACAUACUUUUCCACUCCAGGAAUCCUUUCUUCAUCUUGAGACAGUUUUUCUGGGUCACCAUCCGCAGGCUGCAAACCGCUCGCAACGGAAUUCUGGCCGCCAUCGUGUAUUACCUGCACUUCAUAAUGCACAUCCUUUUCGUCACGAAGGACAUUGGCAUCGUGUUUGUGAUGACCUUCCUUAUGAGAGACAUCGACGAAGUGUAUCAUGGACUGGCAGCCCUGACGACAUUUGCCAAGUUUAUUUUGGCUGGAAGGCAGCAGUCACUUCCCAUCUUCAAGUAUCUGCUUUUCGUCUUUCAUUACAGCUUGAUGGGACACAGAGAAGACAUCAUCUUGAAACGAAAGCACAUGUUCCUCCUUGACGUGGCGUACCAUACUUUCCAGUUGGGCGCAAUGAUGCGUGCGCUACCUUUCGUGUCACCGUUGGCCAUCGCUACGCUCUUGUAUCAUACUUAUAUUCUCUGGAUAUUCUUUCGAUGGCUGAGGCUCACUGUCCCCGUCGUGAAAUCGGUUCUGGGAGAGAACGGCGGUGGAGCGUUGAGUCCUGCCAUGUCCCGACUCAUCCUGGCCCUGUUGGAAGCUCAAGGCGGCGAAAUUCCGCUGCUGAGAGCGAUGGAAAGAUAUUUGCGUUUGCAAGAACAAGUGCGGAAUCUGACGCGGCAGCUGCAAGAGCACAUCCGUCGCGGCAGAGACGAAGCACGGCAACCGGACCAGCUAGCAGAGAUUGCUAGACGACAUCUCGAUUGAUGUCCUCCUCGAUAUUUACUAGCGGUAAUUAAAAAGUCCGUCUCGAUUGCA